UCCGCUGUUAUCUUGGGGAUGGCCUGCACGCAGGUGGCAGCGAGUACAUCUCGACUUCGCAUAUCGUGAUCAACAGUGGUUUCUUGUGUUGGUGGACGCUCAUUCGAAGUGGCUGGAAGUUUUUGCUAUGAACUCAACAAACAGUGAAAAGACGGUGGAAAAGCUGCGCAGUGUGUUUGCUGCCUAUGGUUUACCGGAAGAAAUAGUCACGGACAAUGGUCCCCAGUUCACUUCGGCCUGCUUCGAGACCUUUUUGAAACGUAAUGGAAUCCGCCAUACAAAGACCCCUCCUUACCAUCCUGCCUCGAAUGGCACUGCUGAGCGUUGCGUGCAAACGUUAAAGCGGCACCUUCUCAAACAAGUCUUAGAGGAAAAACAAAAUGGCGAACCGCGGUCACUCCAGCAUCGUAUUGACCAAUUCCUCUUCACCUACAGGAAUACGCCGACCGGAACAACAGGCGAAACACCUGCCCAGCUAUUUCUAUCAUGGAAGCCUCGGACACGGCUCAGUCUUCUGCACCCCGAUCUUGAACAACGAAUGCAAGAAAAGUUGGAAAGGAGGAAGGAUACCGCAAACCAAACCCGAGGAAAAUGGCGAGAAUUUGUGGCAGGACAGCCGGUGUUUGUGAAUGGCUUAAGGCCGGAUGAGGAAACAUGGCUGGCAGCAAUCGUGCUCAAGCAUGACCUACGACCUCGCAGAGUACCGGAGAAUUCGACGCCUAAUAUUCGGCCGACGGAAUCCUACGACGAACCAGACACAGCACCCUUAGUGACACCGACACGGGUGCCAGAAGGGAUGGACGCAGGCGCCGGGGACCUCACAUCAGUGUUCGCACCAGACAUGGUCCUGCGAAACUCCAGCCAACAGCAGGGGACUACUUCGCCCAUCCAGUCGCCACCAAAACAAGCCGGAACAGCCUCUCCACAAGGCCACUCUCCGCCUCCGUUGCGUCGCAGCAAUCGAGAGAGACGACCCCCAGAUCGCUACGUCCCGUAGCGCCCUGUUAACUCUCGCAUAAAGGGGAAGGAGUGUUGUGUCAGUGCGCGUGCGUCAGUGCGUGCGUGUGAGUGCAGCGCAGUGCGGGUGAAAGUGCGCGCGCGUGUGACUGGACAGACGUCAUCACUAUCGCGAUUACUGCCCUUAUAAAAGGCAGCCAACUUAUGUUCUCCGUCACUCUUUCUGUUGACCUGUUUCUGUUAAUAAACCCUUGUUACUGUGCAAGCAAAGGUGUUGCGCCAUGUCUGCUGAGGUC